UGUUUGACUUUGAAAACAUGGCCACGCUGUAAGCAGGCAGCUUCGUCCCCCGUAAACAAGUCUAUAAUGGGUUCAUAGAGCUCUGUGGUUCGUAGGUUUCUUGCCCAGACAUGUCGGAUAAAGAGGCCGGUCCGGGGAAGGAGGCUCCCCGGGAGAGAGGCUUCAGGGUCCCCGGGCUGAGAGGCGCAAAGACCACGACGCUGUUCAGAGCCUUCAACCCGGAACUGUUCAUCAAACCCAACAUGCCAGUGAUGGUGUUUGGACUGGUGACCAUCACCUUGUGUGUGGGCUACCUGGGCUAUAUGCACGCUAUGAAAGAUAACGACCAGCAGCUGUACGAGGCAAUCGACAGCGAAGGAGAGAAAUACAUGAGGAGGAAGACUUCCAAAUGGGACUGAUGGCAUGGGAUGUUCUAUUAUUAAAUGUUCUAUAGCACUGAGUGUGAGUGUGUAUGUUGUAAAGACAGAGUUUAUUAAAACGGAAUGAAAAAAGGACACCUGUCAACUUUUCUCUA